AUGUCGACCUGGUUCCAAAAAACGAUCCGCCUGCCCUCGAAGUCUCGGGGCUCCUACCUGGUUACCGACGAGCUCACGGCAGCGCUCCCGGAGAUCGGGUCCUACAAGAUCGGACUGCUGACGCUAUUCGUGCAGCACACGUCGUGCGCGCUGUCGCUGAACGAGAACUGGGACUCGGAUGUGCGGCUAGACAUGAGCGACGCCAUGGACCGCAUCGUUGUCGAGGACAAGAACGGCGAGGGGAUCUAUCGCCAUGAUGCUGAGGGCAGCGAUGAUAUGCCUGCGCACAUCAAGAGCGCGCUGAUAGGGGCUACCGUAACCGUGCCAAUUACGGAUGGAAAGUUGGCGCUCGGGACGUGGCAAGGCAUCUGGUAUAUGGAGUUUCGCACGCAGAGGCAUACGCGGAAGGUGGUGGCUACUAUCCAGGGUGAGAAGCGCUGA